UUUAACACCGACACCCCGUGCAAGUCUCCACUGAAGCUGACCAGCCGGAUUUCAAGGAAACACGAGGAAUUUCGUGGUCGACGUUGACGGCAGCCAAACUUCACGAAGAGCAAACGAAGAGAAAGCAGUCAAACUGGCGCCGUUCAAGUUUCCCUUCUCGAAGAUGUCGAAAUCACGCAGCAACGACGAGAAGGACCGUGACAAGGAGAAGGAGAAGGAAUUAGAGGGUGAAAUGGAGAAAGAGAAGCAUUACGAGAAAGAAGUGACCGAAAAGGACACGAGCGACACGGAACACGAGGAGGAGGCGAAUGCUCCGGAGGAGGAGGAUAACGCGAAAGGACAGAACGUUCAGCUACCGAUGAAUCGACUGCAAUUGACCACCGAAACUGAAUCCAAUUUAAAGUCGCCGAUAUUCGAUUCCAAUAGCCUGAUGGUGAGGAACGAACAGGCUAUACCGAGCUCUCCGCCACCCUCCUACGAGCACGUUAUCGAACAGACGCGGCUGGAGCACGCAGCAGAGGCACAGAAGUACGAGGGAGGGAAGAACCUAGGCAGCCACGCGUCUGGCGCAGAUAAUAGAACAAAAGCGCCCAAGAUCCUUCACAAGUCGAGCAAAGAGUUGUACAGAGCAGUGGCGAAACAGUGGGGCAUCACUUGCAAGAUGAGCGACCACUGCAGAUGCUUGGACUGUCAGAGUUGUUAUUUUGACUGCGAAUACGACAAAAACGAGCACCAGAAGACUGACGGAGGACUUGGCGCAGGCACGCCGAUGUUCAUCUCGGAGGUGAUGGAAGGUUCCGCCUGCGUGUUGCUCUAAGAUGGCGGAAGCAAGCCUCCAGAGUGGCGAGGGGUCUUCGUAAUACUCCCCAUGAGGACCAGAGAUUCACGUGAUUGCGCACAAACCAGGCUGACUGUUUUUCCAUGGACCGA